UGUGGAAACUUGCGGGAGAAAUAUGGGGAAUUCCAGUCUGUCGACAGCAGUGAUAACAGGAAGGCUGAAUCUGACAUUACCUUGGCUGUUCACCUGACAACAUUGAAUUUGCUUCAACAUACACAGGAUGUAGGAAAUUGUGUUCUCCAUAUCCAACCUCCUGCUGUCACUGAUAACUUAAAGAAAUCAGUGUUUCUCCAUGAAGGGGUUUCAGGAAUUCGAACCGACAAGACCACUUUUGUUGUGGUGCUAUGGAUGGGUUAUGUAAACUCAGGUCUGAAUCCCAUAGUGUACGCCGUACUCAACCGGGAAUUCCGCAUGGCAUACAAGAAGCUACUGUUUUGCAGGAAAAGGAAUGCACACAAGCAGGGCUCCCACAUCAUCUAUCGGACCUGUCAGUCCAGGAAUGAACAGUGCCACCAGUUGGUCCUAAUCCUGGAUGAUAACGAGCCUAGCUCUGACAUUACUAAAGAUACUGGCAUCAGCAAAGAAGAGUCUGAAAGGAAGGUGCAUCCUGCCCUUUAACCUGACAUACAACUUGCUACAUUUGAAAUCUUGCCACUCCCUGAGGAAAACCAGAAGAGAUCAUCUCUUGCUGCAGAGACUUAGAGUUGAUAAAGAUUGAAAUGAUGAAGAAAGAACUUGGGAUUCCUGAAUCUGAUACCGAGGUGAAUUCUUUAAUACACCAAAAAUUACUGGGCCUUGAGCACUGGACUGCUGUGUCCAGUAUUUACAUUGUUUUCAGCAAGAAUAUGCAAUAUUUGGUAAUUUAUUGAUCACUGCUUUCCUUUGUUUGUUAUCGAAAAAUAUUCAACAGUGUUUUACAGUUUGUUUAUACAUAAACAGAAUUUCAAAGUUUAUGCUUGUAUCUGUAUGUUAACCUUUAAACUUGUUUAUUCUGUUCUAUGGUUAGAUUUAUGAUAUUUUAUAGUUAUUGGUUAAAAUGGAUGACAUAUUUAAACCGUCAGAUCAAAAAUAAAAUUCUC